UAUACGACUUUCUUACUUCCAAAAAUAAAAUUUACAAAAAAAAAAAGGAGAGAGAACUGCAAAAGAUCAAAAAGAAACAUAACAAAAUGACGAAGAAGCUGAAAUUAUUUACCAUUUUUUUGGUAUUUUUGCAAUUUCAUCAUUUUUUUAUUACUUCCCAUUCCUCCAUUUCAGGAUACAAUAACGUCAAGGAGAACCAGGCAUUAGCAGAAGAAAAUAGAGUGCAAAAUAUAACAACCGUGAGUUGGCUUCGUGCUGGCGGAAUCGGUGGUGGUAAUUUCCGGGCAGGUGGGUUCCGUGGCAGAGCUCCCAUUUAUGGGUCAUCAGGACUAACUAGAGGCCAAGGGCGUCACAGUGGAUCAAUAUGUGCUACUCCACAUUUUUGGUUAACCUUAUCUUCACUUUUUUUGAUUUUCGGACUUUAUCUCUUUUUAUUCUAAUUUUCUUUCUUAGCUUAUUUUUUUGGUUAAUGCCUUACUCCUAUUAUUUAAUUAUCAGACUCCUAUGCAGUAAUAUUCAGGUUUUCAUAUUAUGAUUUACUGAUUUGUUUUAAGUACUUUCCUCUACUCUUUAAAUCUUGCAUUCUUAUAUAUGAAUUAAAUCGUUAACAUCUAUAAUUAUACACAAAAAAUUAUGAAAACUAGAAAUUAAUAAACUUUGAAUCGAGACGAUUUAAAGUUCAAAUAAGAUCUCAUA